ACAAUGGUAUGGAUUAAUGAAUUGUUGUGUUUGUUUGAAUUGACUUAGUCUUUUAGCAAUUUUCAUAGGCUGAAAAGGACCCUGCUUUUAAAUUUUCAUCCAACGUAAUGUAUGAGAUUUAUCUAAAUUAGGCGGUCAUAUGUUGUGGUCUACACUCUACAUAUACAAAUAUACAUUAUAGGAACAAUAUCAAGCUUUAUAUUUUAUGAGUCUAAAAGGAUGAACGUUUAACUCUUGAGUGGUUAUUCAAAGUGUUAAGUAUGUGUAUAUAUUAGAUAUAUAACUAAUUAUUUAUCUGGUUAAUUUGGUUUGGCUAGUUAGGAGUGUCUGAAACCAAACCAAACCACCUAAACCAAACAAGCUAACAACUUUAACCAACCAAACCAAUUAUCCAAAUUAACCAAACCAAAUUAUCCAAAUAGUACACUGGUUAAAACGGUUACCAUGGUAACCACACCGUUUGAACACCCCUAAUAUUAGCUAAUGAUCAAAUCUCUUGAUUUCAGACACGGUUCAUAAACAACAACUGUGGUUUCAAGGCAGUGGUGGAGUUAGAUCGAGCCCUCAAUUCCAAGGUAGAUAUAAAAUUUCAUGUAAAAUAAAAAAAUUGAAAUAAUGAGUAAGUAUUUAGCUCUCUCUUCAAUUACAACAAUAUUGGUUCAAAUCUAUUAAAUGUUUUUUUAACCCCAUGAAUUCUCUGCAAUUAUAGUCAGGAAAGCUAUCAUUUUGAUUCUGGACACAAGUUUAAAGAAGUGCUUUUUUUAGUCUUCUUACUUUAGAAGUCGUGUAAGCGGGGACAAAAAGGAAACGAGGAAAACGAAACAACUUAAACCCAAGUCUUCCACUUACAUUGGAUGGAACAGAGGAGCCACAUCCACAAACCACAAUGGUGUACACACGACACAAUCCUAUUGCUAGGUAACCAAUCGAGGAAAUUAAUUAAAGCAGUUUAAGAUAACAUUGUUUACUACAAAGCGAUUAAGCAUUAUAACCACACAAAAGUAAACACUAGCUAUGUAUCAAUGAUACCUUAAAAAGAAAGUAAAGACUAGCUAUGUAUGUAUGUUUCAUCGUAUGUGAAAAAACAUAAAUUGGAAAUUAUAUUAUGUGUCACGCUUUGUUGCAACUAUUUCUUUGCGUAAAUAGAAUCAUAUUGUAGGAAGAAAAUUAAACAUGCCUUAAAUUGUGAAAGUUAAUUCAUGUACUGAAUGUUCCGUAAAUUAUGAGGUGGCCAUCAAAUUUCAAAAUUGUGUUGUAUCAUUUUUAGACUUCUCUUUGAUUGUCCAAACAAACUAUACAAAGACUUUUUCAAAUAUACGUUCAAUUGAUGGAGGGUUUAAAGUUGGCUAUAACUCAUUUUUCAUACAAAAUAAUACACAUCACUGUCACAUUUUAUAUCCACCCGAGUACAAACAAUACUCUUAUUCACAAUUGAAUCCGAAUUUAUUGUGUUCGUACUAUGAUUGUGUUCUUCUCAUAUAUAUAUAAAAAAUCAUAGCUUUUCUCAAUCAACUUAAAAUUGGCACAAGAUGAAAUGUAUGUAUCAACAAGCAUGUCAUAUUUUGAGAAGCUUCCAAAGUUGAAUGAAUCUAUCAUAGAUUAGGAUCAAAAUUUUGGGCCACGUUUGAGUGAAGCUCCCCAACUCCAAGUGCAGCAUUAUAUAUAUCUUAUUAACUUCGUCUUCUUCUGCUUAUGCGUCAAUUGUCCGUAUUGCACAAUUUUGACUAGCUAAUCCUACCGCGUUUUGCAAUUAAAUAAACUCAUGUUACUAUGCAUAUAUAGUUGUCUAUCUAGUAGGGCUAGAGGAAGGAAGUAGUAGUCAAAAUUUGUACCCUGGCUGUUUAAUUACUUCUUCACGCGUUUAAUUAUUGUUUAUUUCACAAGUUUUGACCUGAGUUUAUCAUUGGUUAAGAGUUCAUUUAUUUCUGUUCUAACAACCUUGAUUCUACUUUUACCAAAGAGUUUAUUUAAUUAGUGCAAAUUGUUCUAACAACGUAGCAUUUCAACUUCUUAUGCCCGCGCCCGCUGGACAACGCGAGAGAAUGAACUUGAUGGUUUAUAUAUGUAUUUUGGGUUAAUAUUUUCGUAUUGCCUGAAUUUUGAUCAAAAUAAACAUUCUGACCAAUCUUUUCGAUCUAUAACAUCCUGGCCCGAACUAUACACCAAAAUAAACAAUUUGGCCAAACCAGAAUUUUGACCGUUAACUUGGACGGUCAAACGCGUUGACCGUUAGUCAACGCGCCAUGUCACUGCCAAGUCAGCAUAAAAUAUUUAAAAUAAUUCACAAUUUCAACACAUUCCCUAAUUUUAAAUUAUUAUAAAUUAAAAAAAUCAUCUAAUACCUUAGUUAAACCAAAUAUAAUAAACAAAAAAAUUAAAUAUUUAUAAGAUUUUCUGACUUGGCAGUGACAUGGCGCGUUGACCGUUAGUCAACGCGUUUGACCGUCAAGUUAACGGUCAAACAUCGGGUUUGGCCAAACUGUUUAUUUUGGUGUAUAGUUCGGGCUAAGAUGUUAUAGAUCGAAAAAAUUGACAAGAAUAUUUAUUUUGAUUAAAGUUUAGACCAUACAAAAAUAUUAACACAUGUAUUUUCUCUAACUUAUCGGUGAUACUAUACGACCUAUUGGAAGUAUCGAUCCACAUGAUUAGAAACUAACAUUGGAAACUGAACGGGUACGUAGUAGCUAGGUGUACGUGUAAAAUGUUACAUACAUGUUCCUCUGUGCGUAAAAGACAAAACGUUGUUAUUUUUUUAUGAAUAAAAGACAAAACGUUGUCAUUAUUGAUAUUGUUAGCCUAAUUAACAAAAAGAGCAUCAUAAUUUGUUGAGAGAGCCGCUAACAAAAGGCUGCAGGGAACUUCUAUAUUCUUAUCUUAAAAAAAUAUAUCAGGCAACAGAGAAUAUUUAAGUUCAAUUAUUGAGUUGAUGAUGGUCUCUCUAAAAACUAUUUGUAAACAUAUUAGCAGAAUAUCAAGAAAACAAUACAAUUUGAUCAGAAUAAACGACGCAAUUAAGUGUGACAUAAUUUGGGAUUUAUUUUGGCAAUAUGCAACAGAAUUCUCUCUCCCACGGCAAUUAUAAUUCAUUUAAGAUGGAAGGUAGAUGUCAGUGUCGCCGUUAUGACCUGUAUAUUUAAUUAUUUAUUUUUUUAUAUAUUGAUUGAUAGAUGGGUGCGUAUAAGAUAACCCGAAUUUGGCCACAUUUUGGUAGUCGGUUUUUUCCCUUAAUUUGAAGAUUCAACUACUAAAACUGUCGCCUUGCCCCCAUUUAACAACUUCAAGAGUUCUAAAUUAUACCUCAGCAUUGAGCCCUUAAAUUAACGGGGUUUUCUAUUAAAUUUUUUUGUUAGUGAUAAUUUCUUAAAAAAAAUUUCAUAUGCGACGAUUUGUUAAGAGAAAGGGUUCCAACCAAAAAAAAAAUAUAUAUAUAGAGAGAGAGAAAAGAAAAGGAAGAGACACAGAGAGUAGCAAAAGCCAAGGCAACAAUGAAGUCUUUGACUAAUAGGAAUGCGUCGAUAUGUUGGAUUGGGAUUCAUCAUUCACAGCGCAGAAGGGAAAUAAAACUGUGCAUGCAUGCAUGUAAAAUUAUAGCGCUCACAAAAUGCAUGCAUGCUCAUCACAUUUACUGCCAAUUGACGAAAGCUUCCCGGCGGCCGGCCACUACCACUUGCAUGCGGUGCCACGGCGGCGCCCACCACCACCGUCACCGUCCACCGUUACCGUCGGUUUUGUAGACUUAUAUGCUACACGCUCCGAUUGCAACGCUGAUUAUAUUAAUGUAUCUGUUGCAUCAACAUCAAUAAUAGCACGAUCGAUGAUUCAAACAGGCUAGCUAGCUAGCUAGCUAGCGAUAUACAUCCAUCGAUGAUAGAUUCUCAAUAUAAACAACAAUGGACGAAACGAGCAAAUAAACGUUAGACGAAGUCAUGUGAUUAAUCAUCAGCUACCCAUCCACGGACUUGAGAGAGACCAUAUUUCACUAUAUAUAGAUAACUUUUUUUUCUUCUUAAACUCGCUAAUGCAAAUCAGAGAAUUGGAGGAUUUGAUAAACCAAGAAAAUGAGAACAAGAACGAACACGCGACAAACGGAUUUACGUGGUUCGUUAACAAGAUGUGUGUAAGUUAGUCAACGGGCAGGUGAGAACCAGUUUCACUAUACGUCAAGGAGAUGCAGAUUACAGAGAAUAUGAGAAGUAAUUAUAGUACUUCUCCAUGUGGUCUAAACCUAAUCCAAUCUCAUAAAGGAAAACAGUUACAAACCAGGAACCCAAAUACCCGUGCAAUUUGCAAAAGCCAUAUAUAUAUUGUGUGUGUUUCUUUGUUGAAUAACGCCAUAUAUUAUUCAAUGGUUAGUACAACAACGAAGCCCUAUAUAUAUAGCAACUAGUCAUAGCUCCUAGAUAAAUAGAUUCAACAUACAUUGUAUCCCUCGCUUUGAUGAAUUAACUAGCUAGGCGUUCGUAAGUAACAAAACUGGUGUCAAUAUCAGAAAUCGGCGCCACUAGGCCAUGUUGCUAGCUAGCUUCUUGCUCUGACAGACACGAUGAGUUUUCUGCGAAUUAUGAUUUGAAGGCUUUCUUAGUCAAAGGGGUGGGCAAACCGGCCAAGAUAUGUAGAUAGAGGACUUGUUGUAUAAUAUCAUGCAUGCAUUAUGCAUACAUCUAUGGGCGGCAUUCAUUGAAAGAGGUGAAAUGCUUUGUUGAGUGGAUAAGACCAAUAUAUAGUAGUGAGUUACGUGCACUUUGGCCUGGUUUUAUAAUUUCUCGGUUUAUGAGAUUGAAGUUUGUACGGGUGUUAUAUCAGGUGUUUUAAUUGAACGGUUAAUAUUGAGAUUAGUGAGAACUUGAACAAGUUUUCAUAUUGUAGUAAACCAAAUGAUCUCAAUAAUUAAAAUUGUUGGGAAAGACCUGGAUCUUAACUACUUUCUUACAUAUAUUAUCUUUAAAUUAAUUAGCAAUAGUCCUCAUACAUCAUCUACAAGGAAUUCGAUCUGUGGUACCCUUGAUUAAUUCAGAGUUACCUCAUACCCUUAAGCAGAGCAACAAUAUCUAAUCCAAGAAUUAAUUAGAAUUGGGAGUAUGAUACUAUACCCUUACUCGAGUGAUUGAGUCAUGUACCCUCAUUCUCCGAACCCUUUUAUGGUGUACCUGGUAGUAUGUUGGAUAUUUCUCAACGUAUGAGAAUAAUCAACGUUUAGAGAUUAGAGACUUCAGUGUCGAUGAUUCACUCAUUGAGAAUUUACAGUUCAAGGUUUAGGGAAUUCUCAUAUAUAUAGGAUUACACGAUGAUGAUCACUUAUAAGAAAAUCUCAUGAACGUUUUAAGCCAAUGAACAACUACUAUUUUUUGAAAGUUAGACGACCAAGCACCGAAAAUGAUAGAUUGAUGCAUAUUGUAUAAGAUAAUGAACCGAGUGUUUUGAAUUAGAAAUAUUGACACAAAAUCCUACACAAGACAUACACACCUCCAUUGAGUACAUGAGCUAAAACUAGACAAUUGAACUAUCAUUAGUAGUUAUGCCAAAUAUUGUGAACUUUCAACACACUUUUACUGUAAGUUAGGCAAGAGUCAAUAUUUAGUAUAUAUUUACUGAUUUACUGAAUGAGUUCUUAAAUCAAACCAUGCAUUGACUUACACCAAGAAAUAAAAACUAUUUUUAGUGUCUGUUAUUUGAUUGAGAAAUUAACCGAUAAUAAAUCAAUGCCCCAUAA